AUUAUCAUAAUUCGAGUAUGCGGCCAGCGGCAUGUGCUAAAUUCUAUCAAUAUUAAGUUGCUGUCCACACUCCACUAGGAAUAUCAUUUCAAUUUAAUUUUUUCUAUGUCUUAGCUGUUGUGUAGAUUCUCAGCAUUAGAUUAACCAUCAAGUAUGGCUGAACAACAUUAGCAACGAUAUCGCGUUGUGGCUAAAGCUGUGGUUCAAAAUUAAUAUAAUACAUUAUAGGGAAAAUGAGACUAUUUUAUUUUAAUGUUUGCCAAGCCUACAGGUAUAGCUUGAAGAAAGCAAGAUGUUCAUCAACAAUUUGGUAUUAUCGAAGCUUUUCUGUUAAAACUGAUGAUGUAUUAGAUAUACCCUUAAAGUAUCAGGAUGUGCCAAGCGAAAACAUACGGAAUUUUAGUAUUAUUGCUCAUGUUGAUCAUGGGAAAAGCACAUUAGCUGAUAGGCUUUUGGAAAUAACCAAUACAAUAUGCAUUGAGGCUGGUAAAGCUCAAAUAUUGGAUAGGCUGCAAGUAGAAAAAGAAAGGGGUAUAACUGUUAAAGCUCAGACAGCAUCAUUGUUUUAUAGAAGUAAAAUAAAUGGAGAGUUGUUCUUAUUAAAUUUGAUUGAUACGCCUGGUCAUGUAGAUUUUUCCAAUGAAGUUUCGAGAUCUCUGUCAGCUUGUCAGGGUGUUAUACUGUUAGUUGAUGCCAAUCAAGGAGUACAAGCACAAACAGUUGCUAAUUUCUACUUAGCAUUUUGUCAAAAUUUGGUCAUUGUCCCAGUAUUAAAUAAGGUUGAUUUAAAAAAUGCCAAUCCAGAAAAAGUAGAAGAGCAACUAAAAGGUUUAUUUGAAAUUGAACCUGAAACAGUUUUAAGGAUAUCAGCAAAACAAGGCACUGGUGUUGAUAAAUUAUUAGAAGCAAUUGUUUCUAGAUUGCCUGCUCCAAAAACUGAUCGCCAAGCUCCCUUUAAAGCUUUAAUAUUUGAUAGCUGGUUUGAUAAAUAUCGUGGUGCAGUAAUAAUGAUUUAUGUACUUAAUGGUAGUGUGAAAGAAGGUGAUGUCAUUACAGCUGUACAUUCUCAAAUUUCUUAUCCAGUCAAAAAUAUUGGCAUACUACGUCCAACAGAGUAUAUUACAGGAACAUUAGUAGGUGGCCAAGUAGGCUUUUUGACUUGUAACAUGAGAUCAGCAAAAGAAGCGCACAUAGGUGACACAUUGCAUUUAAAAGAUAAACCUGUAGAACCAUUUCCAGGGUUUAAGCCAGCUCUACCUAUGGUGUUUGCUGGACUGUUUCCAUUAGAUCAAUCUAUGCACGGAGAAAUGAGGAGUGCCCUAGAACGAUUAACAUUAAAUGAUUCUGCUGUGAGCAUUACUACAGAAUCUAGUGCAGCAUUAGGUCUUGGUUGGCGAUUAGGGUUUCUUGGCCUAUUACACUUAGAUGUAUUCAGUCAGAGAUUAGAACAAGAAUAUAAUGCUCAAGCUGUUAUGACUGCACCAAGUGUAACAUACAAAGCUAAAGUGAAUUCAAAGAAAUUAAUUACAAAAUAUGGAAGUGACGAGUUCUACUUUUCUAAUCCAAUAGAUUUUCCUGACCCAACAUUUACUGAAGUGCUUUAUGAACCUUUUGUGUUGGGAACUAUUAUAACUCCUGAUAUGUAUUUGGGAGAUGUUUUAUCUCUAUGCAUGGAAAAACGUGGUGUUCAAAAAUCGUCCACUAAUAUUGAUGAUACAAGAGUAAUAAUUCAAUGCUAUUUGCCAUUAAAUGAAAUUGUGGUUGACUUUCAUGAUACUUUAAAAUCCAUAACAUCUGGAUUUGGUAGUUUCGAUUAUGAAGAUCAUGGAUACCAAGAGUCUUUUUUAACUAAACUAAACAUUUUACUCAAUGGCACUGAAGUUGAAGAAUUAGGUACUGUAGUUCAUGCAAGUAAAGCUGUAAAUCUUGGUCGUAAAAUGGUAUUAAAAUUAGCUGAAUUAAUUCCUAGACAGCAAUUUCUGAUUGCUAUUCAGGCAACAGUUAAAGGUAAAAUAGUAGCAAGAGAAAAUAUUAAGCCAUUUCGUAAAGAUGUAACAUCAAAACUAUGUGGGAAACGUGGUGGUGACAUUACUAGAAAAAUGAAAUUAUUGAAACAACAGUCAGAUGCAAAAAAAAAAAUGAAAAUGAUUGGUAACAUUGAAAUUCCUCGUGAUACAUUUAUCAAUGUUCUUAAACGGUAACAUUACAUGUGUUACCUGUUUAAAUUAAAUAAGUACUUUUAGUCUAUUGAUUAGCAUUAUUAAUUAUUAUUAUUAUCAUUAUCAAUUACAUUAUUAUUAUUUAA